AUGUCCGAGACUUCUCAGAUGGUGACUCUGAUGCCUUCCCAACUCAACGGGAUUGGGAUCCCUAUCCGACCCGCCAAGCAACAACAGCAACACCAACAGCAGGAUCACUCAAAUCACCACUACCACGGCGACUCAGCUGUCUACAGCGCCGUCAGGACACACAAGCACUCGCGUUCAUCAUACUCUGACGCAUCGCCGUUGUCUUCUUCAAGAAACAACUCCCUCACCUUCCGCCCUUUUAAGCGUCCGAUGCCCACCCCGAACAAGACGAUUGCUGUCAUCAAUGCCAGCGGUCGUCAGGCUGCAUCAUUCAUCAGAGUUGCCACGGCUGUGGGUUACCACGUCCGCGCUCAGCUGCGGAAUCUCGAAGGCGUCGUAGCCACCGAGGUCAACUCAAAUCCUAAUGUCACUGUCCUCGUCGGCGAGUUGUACACUAGACAUAAGCCCACUCCGGACAACAGAGACGUGACAACCAACGGCCCUAUCUCCGGUGUUGGUGUAAACCACGACCUGAUUAAUGACCUCUUCCGCGGUACUCAACUGGCUUUCAUCAACACCACCUUUUACGGAGAUGAGUUUCAAAUCGGAAAGGCACUUGCCGACGCCGCUAAGAAGGCUGGGGUACAACACUAUGUCUACUCCACGAUGCCCGAUCAUGCCGCAUACAAUUCGGAUUGGCCAUCACUUCCUCUCUGGGCUGCCAAGCACCAGGUCGAAGAGUAUGUCCGCUCCAUUGGCAUGCCUGCCACCUUUGUGUACACUGGUAUUUACAAUAACAACUUCACUUCGCUGCCCUACCCGCUCUUCUGCAUGGAACUCCAACAGGAUGGUUCCUUCACUUGGCAAGCACCAUUCCACGAAGAUGUGAAGCUGCCUUGGCUGGACGCUGAGCACGACGUCGGUCCCUCCAUCCUGCAAAUAUUCAAAGAUGGUGUGGCCAAGUGGCGCACAAAGCGUGUCGCCUUGGCUUGGGAGAUGUUGACUCCACGCGAGGCCUGUGAGGCUUUCGCGAGAGGCGUUGGACGGCCAGUCAAGUACAUCCGGGGUCCGAUCGAGCUCAAGGUCAAGAUUCCCAAUGGCUACCGCCAACAACUUGAGGCGCUGGAGAAGCUCUUCUCUCUCGGCCACGAAGAUCCCAAGAAGCAACCUCCUUACUUUGGAGAUGUAGAGCUGGAAGAGAACUGCCUUACUCAGUCCAUGGCACUCUGGGAGGGCCCGAGAGGUCUGGAAGAAUACGCACAGGAAGCUUUCCCGCUGGAGGAACAAGCCAAUGGCUUGACGUGGAUGUUGGAGGAAGAGGAGGAGGCACCCGAGGAGGAAGUGGCGUCAGCAGUCCACCAGCGGGAUCAUGAAGUGCAACAACAAGAGGAGGAGGAAGAGGAGGAGUACUCAGAUGAGGAAGACGAAGGCUUGACGAUGAGAGGCUUGAAGAGAGACGAGGAGGAAUGGCUCGCAUGA